GGUCGUUUUGCCACCAUUUUACUGUACUGUCACAGCCAUAUCACUUGUGUAAAUGGUGGAUCGACGGAAAACAAUUAUCUUGAGAAAGAAAAGCAAUGAAGAAGAUCAGCACUAAAACUUUCCCCAAUGCCUCCUACUGGUGUAAGUGUAAGAGCAAUUGAUAAUAAGAAGAGGAUAAUUUCAGACUCGCCAAAAAUGGCUCUACAAGAAGUGCAAAGAGGUUACCUGUUCAUGUUAAAACACAUACAUGAGGAGGCACAGCUGGUCGAUUAUCUUUGCCAGUUAUGCGAGUCACCUCUCUCUGAUGAUGAGAAGAAGGACAUGAGAGAUGGAAAAGGCGAUUUUAAGAAGAGGGAGCUCCUAAAAUGUCUCACCUCAAAGGGGGAAACUGCUUGCAGGGAAUUCUUGGAAAAGUUGAAAUGCUACCAAAAUUUAUAUUCCCAGUUCCAAAAUGCAGUACAAUCCGUAACUAACGCAGAUGGCCUUCUUCAAGAUUUUGCUCUUACAAAUGAUGGACUGGUUGAUUAUGCAGAAAUUUUGCUUGAGGAAAUGGAACCAAGUAGUAUGUCUGACAUUCUUUUCUGUUACGGUUUGCUGAAUUCUGCUAUGCAUGCCGAGAUGAUCGAUUCAAGAGAAUUAAAUAGAAGACAGAAGGGAAAGAUCUUGCUUGAUAAGACUAGAGAACAGCCAGAAAAGAUGCCUGUCUUUUGCCAUGCAUUAGUAAAAACUGAGUGUUGCAGAGCCAUAGAAUACAUCAGAAAGGGUGUAAACAAUAACCUACCCCCCUUUAGAAGUGAUUCGGUACGCUGUGUUCAAGUCAACUUUAGGAAAGUUAUAGAAAACUUUAAAGAUUGCAUAGGAAAGGAAGUUUUGUUUAGAUACAUGAGAAGGAGGGGAUACAUUGACCACAAUAAUGUACCAAAGGAGUGCGUCCUUAUUAAAGCAGGACUAAGGGGUAGAAAACCUGGAUGUGACUGUAUUUGGGAGUUGACACGUCAGAAAGACCUUGAUCUUCUAGAGGAGAUGUUUAGACUGUUGGACUACAGAAAAACUAACCCAAGAGAAAGAACAGUGGACUUUGGCGUUGAAGUGUUUAGAAAACAGAGACAACUUUUUCUAGAAAAUUUAGAGCCAACUCCUGUUUCCCAUAUUCUUUUGGAAGAGGAAGCAUUUUCAGUAGAUGACCAUGAUGCAGUGAAUAAUGAAAAACGUAGACGUAAAAAGGUAGAAGUUCUUCUUGACAUACUUGAAAAAGAUGGCUCGGAAUUGACAUUGGAAAGUUUCUUCUUUGCUUUAAGAGAUGACCAAUUUAUGAUGGAAAAAAUAGAGGAAUUUCGUCAAGCAGGAGCAGAUGUUCAUACUGAUCGUCAGCCUUUACAGAAUAUACAUGUCAGGGAAGUCGGACCACCUCAAAGAUUUGAAGCUACUGAGACGGCUUCAAGAUUUGAUGUGAUUGUAUCAAUCCCUGUGGAAGGUGAUGAAGAAAGAAUACGUCAAGCAGUUGAACAACUUAACAUUGACCCAAACUUCAAGGCAGAAGUAGCCGAGGAUUCCCACAUGAUGGUCGAUAAAGUUGAAAUGGGCUCCGUGGUACUGAGAUUAAUUGCAAUGACUGAUAAUGCUUCUGAAAGGUUUUUGGCUAAAAAUGGGGAAAAUGUGAUGAAACUGGUGGAAACGUUUCUGAAAUUUUCUGAUUUAAAAGAAGAAAUGAUUAAAGGAAAUAUUAAGGUGACUGUCCUUGUACCAGAAGAGGAAAUAGAAAGUGGUGAUCAGACAAUGGCCAGUGAUAAGGAAAUAAAAGUGAAAGAACACUGGAACAUGCUUGUGGAAGAGUUGGAACCAUCAAUCUUGGCCAAAAAAUUGCUUGAAAAAGGGGUUUUAAAUGACAGUAAUGUAACAGCUAUCAAUAGUGAGAAUACAAGAAAAGGAAAAGUAGAAUGCCUCCUUAAUAUGUUGCCAACUGUAAAAGGAAUAGAUGCCUAUGGUGCACUUUUUGAAUCGCUACAUGAAUUAGGGAAAAGUGACAUUGUUGAGCAAAUUAAGCCAUCUGAAAAUAUGCACCAGGAAGCAGAAAAAGUUCGUUAUGGAUUGCUUUCAAGAUUGAACGAGGUGAUUGAUGAAUUAGAAUCAGAAUUCAUAGAGGAAACAUUCAAGCAGUGUGGUUUUCUUGAAAAUCCCAUGGACAAAGUUAAAUCUGAUAUGAGCAAGAGUCGCAAGGAGAGAGCUCUCAAUUUCCUGAUGUCUAUUUUCGUGAAUGAUGCCUAUGUGCUUGCUUUUAAGAAUGUUUUGGACAGCUAUAAAUUAAAUCCCCUCUAUGAACUCAAAAUGCCAAUAGAUGAGAGUAUUUUUAGCAGAUCUCCAAGAACUACAUGCAAGCGCUCCAAGGGGGAAAAACUCUUUGAAUGUGAAUACAAAGUGAUCAGGAAAGGAGAAGAAGUUGAAGAUUCACACAUGACCCAAGAGGCUGCAUAUAGUAAGAUGGACUGGGAAAGUUAUGGCCUCAUAGAGAGUAAGAGACAACCAGAUGAAUCUAAACCAAAACGUUUUGAACCAAAGAAAAGACAUAUAAAGCUUGAGCCAAAACCAAGGUCAAUGCAUCAAGCUCAGGCUGCAGUACAACCUAAAAGAAUAUUUGGACGUUCUGGUGACGAUGGAUCUAAAGAAGAGUGGUGGUCAGUUGUGGUUGCCUUGGAUUUCGGAACAACAUAUUCCGGAUAUGCCUUCUGGAGAAAAGAUAAUGAUCCUUUAGAUAUUACAUCUGGGAAAUGGAAAACUGAGUCGAAGGAAGUUUUGGAAUCACUAAAAACACCAACAUCAUUGCUCUUGAAUAAAGAAAAUAAAAUUAUAGAAUUUGGUUUUGAAGCAGAAAAAAUCUUCAAGGAAUUAGUGGAAGAUGGAAACGACGAAGAGUAUAGAUUUUUCCACCAAUUCAAAAUGUUGCUCCACGAUAAAAAGUCAUUUAACAUGGACAUGUUGAUAGAAGAUCACCUGCACAACCCGAUAAAGGCGCUUGAUGUGUUUUCUCUAUCCAUUCAAUACCUAAAGGAUGAAUGUAUUGAACUUUUUCAAAAGAAACACAUUAAUGUUGCAAAUGAUGAAAUACUAUGGAUUCUGACUGUGCCAGCAAUUUGGGACGAAUCAGCUAAACAGUUCAUGAGAAAGGCUGCAGAACAGGCUGAAAUUCCAUCAGAUCAAUUGAAACUUGCUUUGGAGCCAGAGGCAGCAGCUAUCUAUGUAGUCAAAGGGGCAAAAACUGUUUUUGGAAAAGAGUCUGUUACAACAGUCAAGCCUGGUACCAAAAUUAUGCUGGCUGAUCUUGGGGGUGGAACAGCAGAUUUGACAGUUUUAGAGCUAAACGAGGAUAAAACUAUGAAGCAGUUGCAUCGAUCCUUUGGAGGGGCAUGGGGAGGAAAUUUAAUCAAUGAGAACAUCUGGAAAAUCAUGACAAAUGUAUUUGGAGAAGAAGUCAUUGAUGAAUUUAAAAAGCUCACUGCAGAUUAUAUUGAUAUGGAGUCCAACAUUGAGCUUAGAAAGAGAGAUAUUUCCACUGGAAGUAAACUUCAGUUGCAAAUUCUUCCAUCUUUGGCAGAUCUGUGCAAAACGGUAAAGGGCAAGGGUUAUAAGCAAUUGAUAACUGAAUCAGGAUAUACCAAUGUUAAGGUGCGCACUGGUAAGUUAAGUUUUGAACCCGGUUUGGUUGAGAAGAUAUUUGACCUGACCUUAACUAACUUGUAUACCAGUGUGAGAAAAGUCUUGGAUAAUCCAAAUAUGAAAGGCAUCAAAGACAUAAUUCUUGUGGGUGGAUUUGCCCAGGCAGAUUUCAUUGUGAGGCAGUUUAAGGAGAGGUUCUCUGGAUACAAUGUUAUCAUUCCCACAGACCCAGUUCUUGCUGUCCUAAAAGGAGCAGUGAUGUUUGGGCAAGACAUCGACAUUAUUUCAUCUAGAAUAACUCCAUACACCUACGGUUUUGAUUCAAUGCGACACUUUACUGAGGGAAUCGAUCCCAGAAUCAAAAAGAGAAAGAGAGAUAACACUUUUUAUUGUGUUGAUGUAUUUGAGAAAAUGGUAGCCAUAGGAGAUUCAGUUGAUGUUGGAAAAACAGUCGAAAAAGAGGUUUUUGCAUCAUCAAAGGACAUGAAAUCGAUGGUUUUGCAGUUCUAUCAAUCAGAUAAAAUAGAUCCAAAGUUUAUUACCGAUCCUGGCUGUGAAUAUAUUGGUAAACUGUCGGUGGAAAUGCCAGAUCUAAGUGGCGGGACAGAAAGAUCAGUGAUGGUGUCGAUCAAAUUUGGGGAAACAGAAAUCACUGUUUGCGGUGUGGACAAGACAACCGGGAAAACACAAGAAACCGUGCUCGAUUUAUUGGGAGACACUAAAUGAGAGCAAACAAGUUUUGACAAUAUCUAAAAGAAAACUUAAAAAAGAAACGAGCAUUUGUUGCACAAUAAUUCAUUCAAAGAAAGGAAAUUUCAUGGUAUUUUUUCAUCUUUAUUAGAUGGUUACUUUUGUGUUGUUUUAAUUUUUAUUUUUUUUAAUCUUAUGUCAAACCUUAUUUUUAUCGAUAAAAAUCCAAGUUUGAGCGUUAAGAAGAUGGGUGAAUAAGGCGUGUAAACUGCCUAUUAAAGAUAGUUAAGGUACUAUAAAAUUAAAAUAUGAACAAAUCUUAUAAUUUCUUUAGAAAUUAUUAAAAACAAUGUAUAUUUACCAAAACAUCGACUUAUAACCUAUGAAUAUGUUUAAUAUUUGGAAUAGGUUGAUUUAAACUGGCGUUUGCAUGUCAAAACCUCCAAAUACUGUCAUUGCUAGAACUUCAAUGCCUUUUCUUAUAUAGAGUCGGUCUGGGCUCCAUAUUUUUGUCAUAGUCUAAAUAGGGUUUAAAGGAAAUCAAACCGAUUUCAAUCAACACAAACGUGGAGAGAUGACCAACUAUACUUUAAAAAUGUCAUUUUGUGUCCCAACAAUUGAACGUUUUAAAAAAAUACUACAAGUCCGUAAAUUCUUAGUUGAAGUUGCAUUUAACAUUUAACAAUGAAGUUGCGACUGAAACAGCUCAUUGGUUAGAGCACAAGACAUAAGGUAACAUUUUAGAGCUAGGGUUUUAAGGUUGUUGGUUCGAUACUACCAAAACUUUAGAAUUUAUUUUUUUUCUUAUCGUUUGUUAAAAUAUUCAAAACUGAAUAUAGUUAGAAACUGUACUUUUGUAAACUUGUAAUGUAACAUCAUCUAGUAUAUUUAGUUGGAAAAAAAAUUAUUUGAAAUUGUUUUUACGAAAAAACCAAAUGAACAUUUGCACUCUCUUGUUCCGCCAUCUUCUUAAAAAAUGCUCAAGUAUAUACACAUACAUGUUUACUUAUAUAACUCUUAAGUAUUCAUGAACUACUAGUACGAUGUAAUUGUUAAAAUGAGAUAAAUCUGAUAAAUAUUUUCACAUGUCUUUAAAAUGUGUUUAAAAAGGCUUUUAAUAGCAUACAGUACCAGACUUAGUUUUUACGUAUUGCAUGCUUUGCAAUGUGAAAGUGAUCAUGAAAAGAGAAAAUCAAGAAUUGAAUCAUCACGUAAAUCAGAUACGUUAUUUCAAGACAAUUUAUAAUCAACCGUUCGUCAGUACAUGUAAUCAAUUUGAUUACAUGUAUUUGGAUACAAUGUAAAGUUAACGUUUGGCCUUUGAGAAAGAAAACAUUUGUGCUGUAUGGAAUAUAAUUAAAUUACCCGUUUUGGAUAUUGUAACAAUGCAGUACAUUUUCAUCAUCUUGUAUUAUGAAAAUAUUUGCAAAUUUAGUGUACAUUGUAUAUAUAGUUGUCUUUCUUCUAAAUUUUGUGUCUGAUUUCAUUAGGGUCUUCCGUCUUCAGCGGAAGACCCUUCUAUUAUUGUAUUGUUUCUUUCUCAAUUUUAUUAUUCUUUUUUUCCUUACACAUUUUGUGCAGGCGAUUUCUCAGAGAUGGCUCAUUCGAUUUUCUUCAAAUUUUCAGGGCUAAUGCCUCGUACUCUGAAUUUAUACCGCCAUAACAGUUUUUGAAAAUUUACUUCCGGUCGGAAGUUAUCGUCAUUUUACGAUUAUUAAAAAAUCAAUUUUGUCUGCGACGUUUCUCAAAAACGAAUAAAGAUAAAGGGCUGACAUUUUCAGACAUGACAGAUCUAGCGUUUUGCUAGUGUACCUCGGUCAAGAGAAUGUCUGUCGUCACGGCCGGUCGUCAUUGCAAGGAAAUUCAAAAAAUGAAAAUUUUCAACUUUUUGUUUUUUUUUUUUAUAUUUUUUCAAACUAGAUGAUAGUGACCCUUUUACUGAUUCAGAAUAUGUAAUUUGUUUUAAAAUCAAAUAACGCGAUCUAUUAAGCAUCAAAGUCCUGAAGCGAGAGUCCGUAGACAUGGCCCAGGCGACCUGGGUUCAAGACCCGGGUGCCGCAAAAAUGUUUCACUCAUUUUCGCUUAGAUUUACUAUUUUCAUCUUUGAAUUGAUGAGUUUUAUGUGAUCAAUUCAAAAAUCGGUCGGAAGACCCACGCGUUGCUCGCAACGAGAACGAUCUAGUUUGUAUUUGUUUUUUAAUUUAUAUUUUUUGGCAAUGUGGAUAAAAUAAGCUUCAAGGACAGUGUGAAACUUGACAGUUCCCCGCCCCUUGUUACAAAUAUGACAAAUUACCUCCACUUUGGAAUUCUUCAAUAUUUCUCAGUCUCAACUGAAAGACGAUUACCGGUAUUUGUUGUUAUCUACCAAUUCGUGUAAAUAUUCAGCUGAAUCUUAAAUAUGAAAAGAUUUAUAUAGGUAAUAAACGAACUUAAAGUACUACAUAUUAUGUGUUAUAACCAUAUGAAACGUUUAAUGUCAUAUCUUUUAUAAUUGAGUUAAAUCUUUUAUUAACAUUUUUUGUAACAUCAUUACGUUAAUAAAUGAUAUCCAUACAUCUGAA